AUGAAUAAAGAGUUUGAGAUGAUACAGACAGUCCUUGCUUCAAGUUACGAAGGUUUACCUUAUUAUCUCAAGGUUUGCUUCUUGUAUUUAUCCAUUUUUCCUGAAGAUCACCGCAUCAGAUGGUCUCGUUUGGUGAGGCGCUGGAUUGCAGAGGGGUAUUCGAGGCGAAUACGCGACAAGACUGCAGUUGAAACCGGGAACAGCUACAUCACCGAGCUUAUCAAUAGGAGUAUGGUCCGACCAUUACAAGGAGAUGGGAUUGCAAGUGGGAGGAAAGGUUUCUUGGACGUCCAUGAUCUCAUCCGUGACAUUGCAAUCUCAAAGGCAACAGAGGAAAGUCUUGUUUUUACACUGGAUGAAGGAUGUGAUUUAAACACCCAAGGCAAAAUCCGUCACCUUGCUGUAAGCAGCAGGUGGAAAAGAGAUAAAGAUGCAUUUGAGAGUACACUGGAUUUGUCUCACUUAAGAUCAUUAACAGUAUUUGGAAGAUUGGAGGCAUUUUUCAUUUCUGAUAAGAUGAGAUUACUCCGAAUACUGGACUUGGAAGACACAAAGGGUCUGACAGAUCAACACCUCCAUCAGAUUGGGAAGCUUGUUCACCUAAUCUACCUUUCUCUGCGAGGAUGUGAUGGAAACUUGCGCCUGCCAGAUUCACUGGGUAAUCUGAGGCAUCUUCAGACACUGGAUGUAAGAGAUGUACGCAUAAUAAAUCUGCCAAGAACAAUUAUCAAGCUUGACAAGUUACGUUAUCUCCUUGUGGGCUUUGUACCACGGAAUGAUUACAAGGAAACAGGAGAAUGGGUUUGCAUGGAACGCAUAGGGUGGGCGCGUGACUUCUUGGAUGAAACCCUCGAGCACAUCAGGGCCAUCUUCUUGCAUGUACAUUACGCCAUCUAUUACCAAAUACGUCGCGGCAGUCUCUGCAUCAGAGUCCGCUCCCUCUGCUUCUGCUGUCUGUUGCUUUUACUUUUUUCACCAUUUUGGUUACCAGUUUGCCUCUGCUACUUGAUGUUUCUCCCUGGGCGUUUCUUAUGGGUGCUUGCAAGAGAUGGUUGUGCCGGGGUGCCUGCUUACUUUAUGGGGAUAGAUCCAUCUGGUGUCAAAUUCCCAAGAGGAACCAGGAACCUCAAGUCUCUGCACACAGUGGGUGUUGUCAAUAUUGAUGGGGAAAAUGCCAUUCUUAAAGAGCUUCAAGAUCUUACCGAGUUGCGUAAGUUAAGAGUGACUGGUCUGAAUAAGAAAAAUCGCAGAAGCUUCUGUUCGGCCAUUGCCAAUCUCAAAUUCCUGGAAUCCUUGUUUGUGCGGUCAGAAGGGAAUCCUGGUCUAUCUGACUUCUUGGAUGGCCUGUCUGAGCCUCCAAAUAACCUUCAAAGCCUCAAGUUGUACGGCAACUUGGUCAAACUGCCGGCAUGGGUCGAAAAGCUCACAAAUCUCGUGAAGAUGGAGCUACGGAGCAGCUGCUUAUCUGGGGAGGAGGUUGGUACCACGCUGCAAGUCCUUGGCAAGCUACCAAACCUAGCAAUCUUACGUCUGCUGAGGGGGUCGUUCGAGGGUCAGGAGCUGUGUUUCAGCUUCAAAGAGAAUGCAUUUCCAAGCCUCAAGGUGUUGUCGCUGGAUGUCCCAUGGGGCAUCAAAUUGGUCAAGUUUGAAGACGCGGCAGCGACCAAUAAGAUUGAGCUGCUGCAUGUGGAUUUUCAUUCGCAUGACCCUAUGGAAAAAGCUUCGAUGUUUUCUGGGCUACCAUCCUUGCCAAGCCUAAAGGAAGUCGUACUCAGCCAUGCCACUAAACGUUUUAUGGAUGGAUUGCGAGCCCAGUUUGCUGGGAAGACAAACCAACCCAUUCUGAAGGUCAAGAGUCAAUUGGAUUGA